UUAGGAGAAAAAGUUCAUGCGGGCAGAUCAGAUUCACUCGAGAGCAGCACUACGAGAGCAGGCUAGUGUUAAAAGAAUGGUGCUUAACACCAAGACAGCGCCAUAACGCGAUAUAAAUUUAAAAAAAAUAACAAUCUUUAAAGUGGGGAAUUAAUCCAAAACAGUAGUGAUUGUAAUUAGACGUGGUGUUUGCAUUAGAAAAUCUGUUUAGUGUUGCUGGCAUCUGCACCUCUCUUGGAACACCGAGCAAUAAAGAUGGCUGACUCGAGCAGCAGUAAGCCCUUUGUGGUAACUUCCUCUGUGUCCCUCAAAGUCACCGCCCCUUCCUUCUACAACCAACCCAAAAAGUUUGCGUCGGUCGCACCUCCACGGCCCAAAGGACUGAUCGCCCAUUCGCAGCCCUCAUCAGUUGUUAGCACAGGCGUGAUUGGGCGAGUUGGAGAGAUGCCCCCGCCCCCUUCAGCUGUUUGUGAGGACUUCCCACCCCCUCCACCUCCGCUGGAUGAUGCUGAGCUCCCAGCGCCCCCUCUGGAAUGCCAAAUCACACCCCCUGCAUCUGAUGUUCCUCCUGCAUUCCCAGCUCCGCCCCCCGUUGCAGAAGACCUGCCCCUGCCUGCACCUCCUGAGGAGUUAACCUCCGUAACUUCUGCCCCCUUCCCGCCUCCCCCACCACCACCACCUCCUCCUCUUCCUGAGACUGGUGCAGGUGGCAACUCUCAGAGGCUGCUGGAGAAACAGACAAGUUUUGACAGGCAGUUGGGCUCUUUGACUGAUAUGUUAUCAGAGAUGGAGACUAGUGGACCUUUCAACCCAAAGACGCGUAGCCAAUUUUCACCAGCGCCAAAGCCAGUGGCACCACCACCAACUGCCCCCAAGCCCACCCUUUCCUUUCUGCCCCCUCCUGAGCUGCAGGAUCGGCCUCCCCCCGCCCCCUGGUCUGAGGAGCUACGUGCCCGUACGACAUUCCGACAUGCCAAUCCAAGCCCACCCUCUGCCCCCACCCCUGCACAGUCAUUGGCUAAAGGCCCAGCUGUUGCUCCUAAAACCAGUUUUACUCCCAUUCAACCGAAUUCAAAUUUUAAAACAGUGAGUCCCGCACCGUCUGGAGUCGCAAGAGGGUUUAAUCAUGCUGUUAAACCCCCUGCCCAAAGCUCAUUCCCACCACCACCUCCUGCUGCUCCUCCUGCCCCUGUUGCUCCUCCAGCGAGUGUUCUCGCCCCUGCACCUGCUUUCAGUCACACUGAAACAUCUCCCAUUGGCAGCCAGCAAAAUGUUGCUCCUCCUCCUCCAGCUGCACCUCAGCCCAAGUCAUCACUGAUGUCAUCUUUCAACAGGCCAACAGGAAGCACUGUUCCGCCAAAGGUGUCUGAUUCAGGUUCAGGACUUAGUGGAGCUCCUCUCACCAUGAGGGAAGUAGAAGAGCUGGAGAGAAUGACUAAGGACUUCAUCAAAGAUAUGGACAAACAUCCUCCUGUGAUUACCUCUCCAGCUACAGAGGUGUGUGGUAAAUGUGGAGAGGCUCUGUCCAGAUCUCAGCCCGCAGUCAGAGCGAUGGAUAAACUCUUCCACUCCCAUUGUUUCUGCUGUAUUACCUGCCGGCGCCCCCUACAGGGCAUGCAGUUCUACGACCGUGACGGCUCACCUGAGUGUGAGGACUGCUAUGUGAACUCUUUGUCUGUGUGUGCACGCUGCGGGGAGCGAAUCGCAGAUCGUGUCCUGAAGGCAGUGGGCCAGUGUUUCCAUGCCCACUGUUUCCGCUGCACUACCUGUAGCUGCUCCUUGGAGGGCGCUCCAUUCAUCACUGAUGAUGAUAACAAUCCCUACUGUGUCAAAGAUUACCAUCGUCGUUUCUCUCCUCUUUGCGUGAGCUGCAAUGAGCCAAUUGUUCCCGACCCUGGAAGUGAAGAGACAGUCAGGGUUGUUGCUUUAGAGAAGAACUUUCACCUGAAGUGCUACAGAUGUGAGGAUUGUGCCCGCCCCCUUUCCAUAGAGGCAGAUGCUGAUGGCUGCUACCCAUUGGAUGGCAGAAUUCUGUGCAUGAAGUGCCACACCCAACGAGCCAAGCAGGCCAAGCAGUGAUUGGUGGAAACUUGCCACAAACCUAAACCAAAUUUAAUAGACAAAAUUGGCACCGCUUUGAUAAUGUAUUUGCAACAUGGCUUUGUGUUUUAUAUUUCUCUCUAUAUCUUUUUGGCUUCCCAUUUUCUUGCUUUUGGUCAACAAAGCUCUGCUGCCUUUCCUUUUCUGAAUGGUCUUAUUUAGAGCAGAGCCCAUCCUUACCCUCCAAACCCUGUUCUCUUUCUUGAUAGGGCUUGAUAUGUGUGAGCAUAAUAGUAGUGCCUCCAUCUUUUCUUCAUAUUUGCUGAAUGUUGAGCAUAUGACACAAUUUCACACCUAGAUUGUUUGAUAUGUUGUAUAUAAAGUGGGGUGGUGUAGAAGUAAUUUUAGGGUGGAAUUGAUUGUUUUUUUGUUUUUUAGACCUAACUCUCCCUGAGUCAGUGCAGAAGUAAUGUACUGCACUGCAGUCUUGGUUCAGUGAGCCAUAUGACUCCCAGCAUGCCUUUUAAAAAAAAUUUAAAACAUCCAUAAAUUGUAUCACAGCUAACUACUGAGGGGACACAUAAAGUCUGUAUAUCCACAGCAAUCCAUGCACUUUCAAUAGGGCUUUUCCCAAACAUACUUUUUAGUUUUUAGAAAGGCUUGAGGACAUAAAUGUAAAAGAAGCAAAAACAAUGGGAGGAAAAGGGGGAAACAGUGCUAUUUGUUAUGCAUGCAUGCUUCAUUUAUGGAACUGUUUGCUGGUAAUUUGACCACAGAGGUAUUGAACAAAAUAUGUGAUGAUGCAAUUGAGUAUGUUUGCAUUGAUUAUCAUAGCCAGUAUCAACUGAAGAACAAACAUUUUCUGCAACUGUUUUCCAUUCCGUUAAGAACAUAACACAUUUUGCCAGAGGUAUUUAGUGAUUUGCACAAUUGUAGAUAGAAUAAAUGAUUAAGUUUUUCCAAAGAAAAAGCACAUCAGUCCUUGAGCCUAUUGUAAUAUUUACAUAGACAGACUCAUUUCAGAAUAUAAUAAUGCAUUGUAGCUACAGCUUUUAAAAAAUGUAUCUACUAGCAAGUAAAAUAGUAUUAUGUGCACAAAGGCUUUAGAGGAUCCGUAACUAGAGCCUUAUCAUUGUAUACAACAGAAACUAUUCUACAUCUUAGAGCUGUAAAGAUACUUUUUUGCAAAUGUUUGGUUAAUAAUAAAAAAAAAAAAUAAAAUAAAAUAAAAAAAAAAGCCAACAGUGUUACUAUAGACACAGCUGAUUCAGCAUGAUUCUAAACUAAUUAAACUGAAAGGUUUCUCAGAAAGGUUUUAAACUGUAGUUCAGUCACACACUUCCAACUUUUGCAGCAUUCACAUUUUAGUAUAUUGAUUAGUUCUUCUGUUGAAACUUUACGACAAGAAUGAUCUGUACUGUAUUUUAGUCAGACUAACACCACUGUUGUUUAUUUUGGCUUUAAGGUAGUGUCGAAUAUCAUUUUGAGAAUUACAUUACUGUUUUUACAUAGCUCAAAAUCCUUCUUCUUCAUCGAUGCAUCUCUAUUUGUGUCUCCCCCUCUUGGCAUUCCUGUCAAAGAAAUUCUAGUAGUUGAUGUAGCCGAAUAAAAAAAUAAUGUCUCCUUUCAUAAAAAUAAACAAUGAAAUGACCAAAUCUAACACAUUAUGCAUGAUUUGUUGCUUUGUUGUUGUCGUGUAAUAACAGUGUUUUUAUACAUCAUGUUUCACAGUUUCAUGUUCUAGAAGUGACUGACCAUUUGAACACUUCUGAUUUAGCCUCCCAUGUAUUUCACGUUUAUAUAAGUGCUUUGUCAGUUUUUGUAAACUGAACAUCAAAAUUCUUCUCUAAUAUGUGAAUGUGUGUAUGUUUACGUCAAAAGUAUGCCAGCGUAUUAUUUUUGCUAUCAUUGUUUUUCUUCCACGUUUGUACUGUAUUCUAAACUAAUAAAGCAAAAUUCUGAUUGACA